AUGAUGUGGUUAAAUGGAAGCAUGUCGCAUGAUGUCGGAAAAGAUCAUAAUUCAUCAGAUAAAAUAUCAUACAAAAGAAACGAAGUAAAGAAAUAUGUACAAGUUAAAAUUGACAAUCCACUACCGCCAAAUUUGCCAAAGGAACUCGAAUUGCACAAGAAGUUUUAUGCCAAUUAUGUCACGAUUAAAAAACAGACGAUGAACGCUCGGGAAUGUCAUUUUGAAGGUUGCAAUAAAACGUAUGCUGAUAUAAGUCAAAUGCGCAAACACCACAUGGGACACUACAGUAAGGACGAGUAUGAGAAAUUCCAAUGCAACAUAUGUUAUGUGAAUCAUGAUACAUAUCGUGGUUUACAAGCUCAUGUUAAAAAGAAUAACUGUAUCAAGAUUACUUUUCCACCGGAACGUGUAUUUUACCGUAAAGCACUUGAUGCGAUUGUCGAGCAACAGCCAAAACAAUUGAAGAAGUGCAACAAAUGUGGCCAUGUUCCUGCAAGCUACAACUCAAAGUUCUUCCGACAUCUCCAUUCAUGUUAUCGAUUUGCUUAUCCGUGCGAUAAGUGUGGACUUAAAUACGCCGCAUAUCAAAACGCCCGUCUGCACUCUGAUUUAUGCAAUGGCAUUAAACCAGCAAAUUACAUGGAUUUAUACUUCAGAUCCGACAUAGUCAGCAAGCCGUUAGAGGAAUCUAAAUCAAAGACGUGGACACAUGCUCAAAUGCUGGAGCAUAUGAAGGAAAUAGGAGUACCAAAGCUAAGAGCUUUACUACAGCUUCAUCCAAAUAAAGCUCUCAUCACAAUUGGACAAACCCACGAUAUAAAAGAACGCUUCAAGAGCUAUUCCUGUAAUUGGCAAGUUUAUAAGAACUUUGAGUUUGAUCGGUACAUCGAAUUUGAUUCAUAUGUGUUGUUCAAGUGCUGGUCUCGUUUUGAAGCUUUGUGGUAUGAAUAUUUACUACAAGUCAACACACAGACACCUAGUGGAAUAUUUUUUAAUGAAUUUGGAACACGCUCUAAUAAACAACGAAUUCAAAAGCCUGGUAUUGUCAAGGAGGAUUGUGAAGAAUCCGACUAUUAUGUAUAUGUUCGGUGCACACGAAAGCCAUUUGUCUGGCGAACUCAGAAGAUAGUACCUGAGAAGGAUAGUGAACAAGAUGACACAGCAGAACCACCAAUUAAAAAAAUCAAAACUUUAUCUGACACAGGCACUUUAUCAGCAUUCAUUCCAUCAACAUCAAAAGGGUUUGCUCCAUCAACUUCAAAAGGAUUUGCUCCAGCAGUGCCAAUUAUAGUAAUAUCGUCUUCAUCAGAGUCGUCUCUGGAAUUAAAUGACAAUCACGAAACGUCCGGACUGUUGGGAUCAACUAUAAGUACCUCUUUAAACUUAGUCAAAUCAAAUAUAGUUGGUAAUGAAGUUGUUGAUUGUUUGCAAUUAAAAGAAACAGUCAUAGUAAUGAAGGAAAGUGAAGAGGAAUUAAAAAAGAGCUCGGUAAGCAGAUCAUCAAGUUUCGAUUCAUUAGAGUUAAUGCCAUUAGCACAGGAAUUUGACUUGGAUGAUUUUGUUUUUUGA